AAGACAAAGUACUGUCGAAACGUUCGUUAGAUUAAAUUAUUUGUAUUUAGGGAUUCUUUUAUUAUUCCCGUUUUAAUUAUAUAGACUAAGAUCAUAUCACAUUAUUUAUUAAAAUGUUUUAAAAACCUACAUCGCUCGUUUAGCUUAUUGGCCCAUUAUAUCUAAUAUUAUUAAUUUAAUACGAGCCUAAUACUGUUUUUAAAGGUAAAAUAAAUUAUAAACAACAGUCGGAUCGGUGAUUUGACUUAGUCAGGAUAUAAAAUACAAAUUAAAUUAAAAAUGAGUUGGGUAAUAUUAAUAAUGCCGUCGUAUAUAACAUUGAGGUUGUCAAUAUAAUAUCAACAAAGCUACACGUUUACAUAUGUCACAUACACGGAUAUUCGUGAACACGUGUCACAUUCACACUCAAGAAAUAUUUUUGGAAUGCGUAUCCUAUCAACUGAGAAUAUUACGUAAAAAAUUAGGCAAGAAGAAUUGCUAACGACGCUUAUUACCCAAUCUAAGAGAAAAUGAGGAAAAAGAGUUGGUAAGAACGCUUAGCUAGCAAAAUUUAAUUUAAGAAAUGUAGUGAGAAAAAUAUUACUCAGUAAGGAUGACAACCUUACGUUCGGCUAUAUAAGACAGCUGGACAUUCUAUCCCCACAGACCGAGUCAAAUCACCGGACCGUUCACAGACGGGCCACAAGGAGCUUGCGUCCCGAUCAGCUGAUACUCAUUCACGGUGAAGACAUCACGUCAUUGUCUUGUGUCGACUAUUGUUGGCACUUCUGGCAAAGUCAAUAAGAGAGUUCGAAAAAUCGUCUCAUUGAAGGCAGAAGCAAUCUAAUUAUCAAGCUCAACGCAUGUCUCGAUUUAAGAAAGAAUUUACAUCUCGCAGAAAGGAUAUAAAUCAAAGUUUUCAAAUCAGACUCAAACUCGACUGGUAUAUCUUGAGAGCAAAAUAUCCAUCGAAUCAUUAAGAAAUAUCGGGAAACAUUCACCCACAGAUCAUCUAAAGAAAGGAGAGAAAAGAGUGUAAGGAAGAAAAAAGAAAUAGAGAAGAUUCUCUUUAGCAAAGAAAUUUGUGAUUGUGCCGAAGGAUGAUUUUCAUCAGCAGUAUGACGUACUUCCUGCUCCCUAUCGCUCUCAUGGCCUUAACGUUGAUCAUGAUUGAUUAUGUCACAUCGAAGAAAAAGUCGAAGACAUCACACGAUAGCAAAGAGUUAUCCAAGUUACUAGAUCCACCUGGACCAAAGCCGUGGCCAGUUACAGGCUCUCUUCACAUUUUGGGACGCUAUGACGUGCCUUACAAAGUCUUCGGCGACCUCGUCAAGACCUACAACAGCCAGGUGAUUAAGCUCCAGAUGGGAUCUGUACCUUGCGUCGUUGUCAAUGGAUUGGAGAACAUCAAGGAAGUUUGCGUCACCAAGGGCCACCACUUCGACUCCAGGCCAAACUUCGUUAGAUAUCAUUCCCUUUUUGGCGGCGACAAGGAGAACUCUUUGGCAUUCUGCAAUUGGUCAGACGUUUUGAAGACGCGAAAGGAAAUGUUACGAGGGCAUGCCUUCCCACAAGCCUUCACAACACGAUACAAUCAAUUAAAUGGGAUCAUCGGCGGCGAGGUGGGCUGGCUGAUUAACUAUCUGGCCGGCAUCUCUGGUGUUGGCCUGCACGCAAAACCGCUGAUCAUGCACACGUGCGCGAACAUAUUCAUCAAGUACUUCUGCUCGCGAAGCUUCGCUCUCGGCCAUGCUCCCUUACGCGAGAUGAUCGAGAACUUCGACAAGGUUUUCUAUGAGGUGAACCAAGGAUACACCGUAGAUUUUAUGCCGUUCCUGACGCCACUGUAUCAGCGUCACAUGACAAGGAUAGCGAAUUUGACUGAGGAGAUCAGAAAAUUAAUGGAAAAGAACAUAAUUGGUGACCGUCUAACUAGCUGGAGAUCGGUCAUACCUGAAGAAGAUUACGUGGACUGCUUGAUAAAUUACGUCAAGACUGGCGCUGAACCCAAAAUGACUUGGAACAUGGCGAUGUUCGCGCUAGAAGAGACCAUCGCCGGUCAUUCGGCGGUCGGCAAUCUCCUGGUCAAGAUCCUGGGCUUCCUGGUUACUCGACCGCACGUACAGGAAUUAGCGCAAACGGAAAUCGACAGAAUUGAGCUCCCGGGCAAGUUCGUCGGGCUGGAGAACAGAGGAAAUAUGCCGUACACAGAUGCUAUCAUUCUCGAAGCGAUGAGGCUGAUUGGCACUCCGAUCGUGCCGCACGUCGCCAACCAGGAUAGCUCCGUAGCCGGCUACAAGAUAGCGAAGGACACGUUUAUAUUCCUAAACAACUAUGAUCUGCUUACGUCGGAGAAGCUGUGGGCCUCUUCUGAAGAGUUUCUACCGCAGAGAUUUGUGAAGAACGGCAAGCUGUUGAUGCCAGAACAUUUCUUGGCAUUCGGGGGUGGUGGCCCGAGAUAUUGUAUGGGAGACAAAAUUGUCCGGUAUAUCAGUUUCUCAACGAUAGCCACUCUACUAAAGAACUUCAAGAUAUUGCCGGCAGAGAAUGAAAUUUAUAAGGUUCCAGUCGGUAAUCUGGCACUUCCGGAGAAUACGUUCAAUUUCCGUUUCGUGAGACGGUAGGAUAAGAAACGCGAGGAAAAUAUAAAUUCUGUUGGAUCGAUGAAAUUGGAGCACAAUGUCGAUUUCCCGUCCAGAAGUCUAUCAUCUGCUGGGCGACUGAAGAAUUCGCUGAUUACGCGGAACAUCAGCGAUCGAAAAGAUCGAUUGAUUUCGGGCUAAAGGCAAAUUUAAAAAACAAAACGGUUCGAUAUUUAACGUAGCACUUGAUGUCAAUUGAGAAUAAAACAAGUAUUUUGCACAUUGGUGAAGAGUUUAUUAACGUUUCGCACAGCGAGGACAUGCUCUGUUAAAUUUAUAAGGUCAUAGUUCACCCAAUUUGAGUUUAUUUAACUAUAGGUCGUUACUGCUGCUACUGAAUACAUCGUUAAUUUAACUAACAGAAUGGAGUUAAAUAAUUUAAAUAAAGAAUUGUAUUACAUUUGUUUAAAAGGGCAUUUGUUUAGUUUAUUAGGUGUACAUGUUAAAUUAUAAGUCUGUGUCUUAUCAUAAAAAUUACUCAUUAUUGUUUUGCUUUAUUAAUGGCUGCUCUUUUUUAGGAGACACAAAUCGACACUAGUUAACACACUUGAGCAGUUUGCCACUGUAAAAUGGCAGAGAUUUAAAUAGCAAGAUUUUAAGAAAAAUUUUCUGUUAAAAAGAUUCUGCCGAAAUACUCGAAGCGGAGAUGCGUUCUUCGGUCAAAAACACACUCCGACUCUUCUCUCGAGCAGAGUCGAUUGAGUUUGAAUUUAAUUUUAAAUGGAAAGUGAUAUGUGUCGAUUUGUGUCAAAAAUGUCGACUGCAUUCUCUAAAAGGGAAGUCGCCAAUAUUACUAGCCACAUGUGUCAAAAGUUACACGGAUUAGAAAAGAUUUAACAUAGUUUCCGAAACGUUUGCAUUUUUAAUUAAAGUAAUAUUAUAUAAAAUAAAAAUUGUUCUCGCUAAGCGUAAUAUUUUUCUUCUUGUACCAUCUCGUAAAUAGUGUAAUUUAGUUUGAGUAUCCAUCAAAAUUUAUUAAAACAUUAUGUUUUUAUUACACAUACAAUUAUUUUAUAUUACUAUCGCUAUUAUUAUUACAAUUAUUGUCAGUAAUGAUGUUAAUCGUUGUCCUAUCCUUUCUCGUCUCGUUUCUCCACGUACAUCUCACGCUUUCACAUUAAAUUGUAAAUUGUACAUUAUUUUGCGUUUGUUAUUUAAUUAUCGUCAUUGUUACGCUUGUUUGUUAAUUUAUUAUUUAAGAUUUUAAUAACAUUUUAGUAAGAUUUAAGAAGAUUAAUAAGAUUGAACAAAAUACAUGAGACGCCCAUAUAUGUAUACACACACGUAUAUAAUACAUACUUAGUAUAACUUAAAUAAAUCACGUACCUAAUUAUAAAUUGAUUCAUCAAUCAGUUGCGCCACGAGAGAGUUAGUAAAUUAUAAAAUACUUCAAGUUCGAUUUAAAUAAAUUUCCGCCCGAUAUUAUUGCGCUGUCAAUUUUUCCGCAAAACAUACUCUAUACAAAGGAAAGUAAUAGGUAUUCGUUAUUGUAAAAGACAGUUGUCAUAAAGUGACAACUUAAUCGCGGAGAAAACCCCCGAUUAUUAUCGCAAUGACAAAAUAUUAUUCAGACUUAAAUAAUAACGAA